UUUCUUUUUUAGUAUAGUAUAGUGUAUUGUAACAAGUCUUGCUUAGAAAUGAACAAAGUAUAAAACGGAGUAUUUGUUCUAUUUGAUGUGAAACACGUUUACAUAGAAAAUAUAUUCCUGACAUCCAACAAGUGAUGUCGAAUUGCAACGGAGUAUAUGUAAUUCAUGCAUAGCUUGUGAAUGAUUCUUGUUUAUAACGAACAGUUCAAAAAUAUUGAUAUAACAAGUUUUUGAAAUUUUUUUGAAUUGAACGAAUUAUACGCGUUUGUGAUAAGAAACGUUGAAACAAGCGAAAGAAAAAAGAAAGAACUUGAAACGUUGGCAGUUGUCCUAACCUAUUCUGAGAUUUAUGAAAUAAUAUAAUUGCUUAGCAAUUUCUUCUCGUUAGAAAAAUAAAAAUGCCAUGCUGGUACUAUGAGAAAAAAGAACUGCGAAAUACACCAUCCAUCCAAGAUGGAAUUGAUUACGAAACAGAAUGCAGAUAUAGGAAAGAGGGUGCAAGAUUUAUUAUUGACACAGGCACAAAAAUGGAUUUAGGAUAUAAUACAAUGGCAACUGGAGUUGUUUAUUUUCAUAGGUUUUACAUGUUUCAUUCGUUUAAAAAUUUCCCAAGAUAUGUGACUGCAUGCUGUUGUUUAUUACUAGCAGGCAAGGUAGAAGAGACACCCAAAAAAUGUAAAGAUAUAAUUAAGACUGCAAAGUCUUUGUUAACUGAACAAAAAUUUAUGACAUUUGGAGAAGAUCCAAAGGAGGAAGUCAUAACAUUAGAAAGAAUUUUGUUACAAACUAUAAAGUUUGAUUUGCAAGUUGAGCAUCCAUACAGUUACUUGUUAAAAUAUGCAAAAUGCCUUAAAGGUGAUAAAAAUAAAUUACAAAAAAUGGUUCAAAUGGCUUGGACAUUUGUUAAUGAUAGUUUAUGUACAACACUGUCAUUACAAUGGGAACCAGAAAUUAUUGCUGUUGCCCUUAUGUACUUGGCAGGAAAACUUAGCAAAUUCGAAGUAGUAGAUUGGAAUGGAAGAUUACCAAAACAUUUACGUUGGUGGGAUAUGUUUGUUGAAGAUAUAACUAUGGAUCUUCUAGAAGAUAUAUGUCAUCAAGUAUUAGAUUUGUAUUCACAAGCAAAUAAUACAAAGCCACCAGAUUCACCACCAUUAACACCAUCUAAUGAGCCUUGCAGAGACAGAACUAUAACAGCACCUCCCACAGAAUCAGCAUCUACAACGCCAAAUGUUACACCAGGAAAAACUAUUAAAGUUGAGACAGCUGCAGUCUCCGCAAAUGGAUGCUUAACUACAGAUGCCUCAGAAGCAAUUAAACCAAUGGAUGUGCCAACACAUUUCCCAACGUAUCCAGCUAAUUUUGCACCUAGUAAUAUCAAUUAUCCUCCAGCAUUUCCUCCAGCAAAUGUUUCUGUACCUCCACCUCCUGUAAAUACAAUGAAUCACAUUGUUCCGCCAAUGCAUCAUAUGGGUACUUCCGCUACCAUCAGACCUGCACCACCAGCACCUACUACAACACCAGCACCAUUUCAGCCAUAUCCUUAUCCCACAAACGCGACAUAUUUUCCUCCAAAUAAUCCAGUACCUUCAGCACCUGCACCACGUACAUAUUACCCCCCACAACCUUAACACAUACAAAUUUAUAUCGAAUAUUUUUGUUUGCGUGUGUCAUUAUUAGAUAUUAAGUUAGCAUUAUUAUAAAAAUAAUACUUAAAAUCUUGUAAAUAUUGUAAAUAUGUAAGGUUCAUAAUUGACAAUAGUAUUUAAUUAUAAAGCUUUUGUAUUAUCAAUAUUCACUUAUUUUAAUUUCUAAUUUAAAUAAGAAAAUACAAAUAUAAAACUUUUAAGGAAAAAUUAUCCAAAGUUUCACAUGUAAAGAUUGCCUUUAUUGAAGAAGUCUUUUCCAGAGAAUGUAACAUUAUGUAGUAAUGUAUAAUUUGUUAAUAAUUUUAAAAGCGGUUCUGCAGAUAAUGAGUCUAGUACAAAACUAUCUGUAUAUAAAAUAUAUAAAACUGAAGGUAGUUCCAUAAUUUGAGAAUAUGACAAUACUGAAACAUAAAUAAGUUUAUUAAUAGACUUAUAUCUUUGAUAUAUUUUGUAUCAUUUGAAUAUAUAUAUUAACCUCCUGCUGUUACUCCAUAUACAAUAUUUGGCUGCUCUAAAUAUGGUUCUUUCAACUUGCAAAUAUUCUCUCCACUUGCUGUAGUCAACAUUCUUAAGAAAGAUGGUACUUUUGGUAUAUUCUUGUUUUUAUAUUGUGAUAUAUGACGACAUGUUAUGCAAAUUGUAUUUUUUGCACUUGAUAUAAUAUCACCCAUCUAACGGAUUUAAUAAAAUUAAUGCAAGUUAUUA